AUGGCAUGGAAUCUGCUAUAUGGAGAAUAUCAUGGUGGUGACCAUGUCAGGUUUGUUCAGAAGGUUCUAAUUAGCUUAAAGAAGGUUUAUGAUCCUAUUUGUCUGGUGAUUGAGAAUACAAAGAGUCUGGAAACAAUAGAUUUGCAGGAAGUCAUUGCCAUUCUAAAGAGUCAAGAGCAACGAUUUGAGCUACAUAAUACUGAUACUGUUGAGAAGGCAUUUGCCUCCUUUUCUGUGAAUUCCAAAAGCCAGAACAAGGGAGGCUAUCAAUCUGGUCAAUCUAAGUCUCAGAAGAAUUGGAAUCCGAAAGGCAAACCAUGGGAAUCAAACUCCAAGUCUCAACACACCAAUUUUGCACAGAACUCAACAGUGGGUCAAGAAGGUUCAAAACCACAGUGCAAAGUGUGUUCUAAAUUCCACUUUGGUGAGUGCAGAUACAAGGGAAAGCCUAAGUGUUACAAUUGUGAUAAAUUUGGACAUUUGGCUAAGGAGUGUACUACAAGCAAGAAUGUGCAGAAAGCAAACUGUGCAAACCAAAUGGAAGUGACUGGAAACCUAUUAUAUGCCAACAAUACCAUUCCUGCCACAAAUGUUACUGGAGAAUGGUAUAUAGAUAGUGGGUGUAGCAACCACAUGACUGGAAAUGGGAGUUUGCUGACAGAUAUUAGAACAAAUGUGGUAGGCAAGGUGCAAAUGCCAAAUGGUGAGCUUGUGAAUGUAGCUGGAAUGGGCACAUUGGCAAUUGAUACUACCAAAGGCAGAAAGUAUAUCAAGGAAGUGACGUAUCUUCCCGGGUUGAAAGAAAAUUUACUAAGUGUGGGCCAAAUGGAUGAACACGGUUACUACCUAGCAUUUGGAGGAAAAAUGUGCAGCAUCUUUGAAGGUCCUUCACUAAAGUGUCUUGUAAUCAAAGUAGAGAUGAAAAGGAAUAGGUGUUAUCCCUUGGCACUAUUACCUAAUGAUCAUAUUGCAUUAAAGGCAAGUAUAUCUAAUUCUACUUGGACAUGGCACAAAAGGUUGGGUCAUUUACAUUUAAAAGGACUAAGUCAACUCAAAGAGAAGGAUAUGGUGCAUGGACUGCCAUUCAUGGAAAAGGUUGAUGGAGUUUGUGAUGGAUGUCAGUUUGGAAAGCAGUAUCGAGAAUGGGUAGCAAUCCUCUUGAGCUAG